UGUGCUGCUUUAAGAUUCCUCUCCUAAUGAAUCACUAAUAGUCAGAUUACACAUUCACUGACAGCGUUCAUUUGAUGAGGACUAACUUCUUAAAGAAAAAUGCUUUUGGGUAUCGUGAAUCUAAAGUAUUUGAUUUGCUUCACACUAAGAUAUUUUAUGAGGAUUCUACAGCUACAAUGAACUGGACUGUCUUCCUAAGAAAGAAGCAUAGUUCAUAAAGAUCAGUGUAAGCACAAUGGAUUUUGGAUCACACAGCGAAAGUCAUUCUGAUAUUCACUCUACUGCGGCACAGAACAUAUCCUGGUCCGGUGUUAUUGAUGCUGAAUAAGUUCGACUGGCAUCAUUGAUGUACUGUCAAGUAAUUUUAUCAAACAAGGGCUGGUUAUAACUUUCUAUAUUAAUUACUUCCUAUAUCACCAACACUGAGGAGAUGAGUACACUUAGGAGGAGACACUGUGAUUAUUAUAUCUUCUAUUUUGGAGAAAUGCACUAAGUAUUAGAAAUUUAGAAGAAAAUGUGACAAUUGGAAUUAACAAUAAUAUGACAAAUGGACCAUUGGAUAAAAUAUAUAUGAAUUGGUUUGAUUUGAAACAUUCUCCUAUUUCAGUUGUGAGUUUUGAAGGAUCAAAAUUUGGCUGGAACCUGGUUAGGAAGAGAAUUGGUGCAAAAAUAACUUACCUUCACUUGCACCUGGAAGAUCUCACUGGGCCCUGCAUUUAUUAAGGAAUUCAUAGAAAUAAGUUUUUGAAGUUAUAUUUGAUGUGAUGCCUAGUCACUUGAAGAAAGCUCUCUUUUCUAUAGCUGCUGUUGUCAGUUUUGUUUCUAUAAUCCUGCUGACCGUGGCACUGGGGUCAACACGAUGGGUGACUGCUUCCAUUCUGUGCAAAACUGGGGCUGAUAUUGUAAAUGCCACUGAUCCAGAGAUGGUAAAGUUUAUGGGACAACUUUACUAUGGACUAUUCCAGGGAAGGAAAAUUCGACACUGUGGUCUUGGAGGACGGUGCUCUAAAAUCACAAUUUUUCCACAGUUGGUGAAAACGCUGAAUGCAUCUGUUCAUGUUUUGGUUAUAUUUUUUAUCUGCUUAGCGAUUGCAUUUUCUGUGGUCAGUUUUGGGUUUUGUACUUACAAUGCAGUGAAAAUUCCUUACCAAGCCAUAAAAGGACCAAUGGGCAUCUACCUCUGGAACUCAAUUGCAAGUCUAUGCGGACUGUUUGCAAUUGUUUGCUUUAUUUCUGCAGUGAAGCUUCAUCAGCAUACAGAGAGAAUUGCCAAUUUUCGUGAACAUGUUUUUAAAUUUAUUAUCCUUUGGGAAUACUUUGACACCUCUUUCUGGCUAUGUGUGGCAAGUGCUGUUGUGCAUGCAGCCAACAUGUUAGUAAUCAGUAUCAGUGGCGUGCAUUUCCCAACAUUAAAAACCAAAACAGAGGAAGCAAGCGUCACACCCGAAGACCUAAUGUAUUAGGAAUGAAUGUGAUAGUUAUCCAAAAGCAUACUAUUGGAGCCAUGAACAAGAUUAAACAGUUUCCAGGAGUUAUAUGUAUCUUGUUUAUCUUGUGACAAAGAAUUUACACUUUACAAAAGAAAAGUGAUAUUAUUCCAAUGUUAAAAACAAGCACUUAGCAUAUUUUGUUACUGAAGUGUCUUCAACAGGAGUAUCUACAACAAAUUGCAAUUGUAUGAGUUUAAAAACUUAUUUUCUUUGUAUAAAAUUCAGUUAAUAUUCUAAUGAUAUAUUUGCUUGUGCAUGUAUUUUUUUAACUCUUUCUUUUUGAAUGAUAGUUUUAUGCCCUUGUUGAUGUAAAUGUGAUUGAAAUAUAGAACUUUAAAGGUCAGAAGUGAGACAUCUGCUAUUUAGAAUUCUCAAUAUAUACUUAUAUUAAGUAAAAGACCAGUACAACUAAAUGUCAGAUUGAAGUCCAAGCUAAAUGAAGUCUGUGCCAUUAUUGUAUAUGAUUUCAACACUACCCACUGUUGGUUCUAUUUUCCUCUCUGGGAAGGUUUUUGCUAUGGUCAUUUAAAUAAUAGUACAGAGGUCAGUGUCCUGUCAGUAGGUCACCUUUUACUUACUUAGGCACAGUAUACCAGUUGUGGUCAGUCAGCUUGGAGUCAGUCCCAUGAAAUGAAGAAAUUCCAAAUCCCCUGUUUAUACUGGUCGGCCGCAUCUUCCGGAUUGGCCCAGUUUAGCAACCCCAAUCAAGGACCUCAUAGUAAAUAAGGUCCACCUGGUUCCAAUCGUUACAUCUAUCCCCUGCUAAAUCUGGGGAUGUUGGCCUGGUCUUCUCUUGAAGCCUGUUCUGUGACCUUUUUGCUCCAGGUCCGGUUCCUCUGAUGUGGACUCUGACAUGGGCUGUAUGAACUGGACUGUAGCUCGUCUUUUGCAUUCAGAGUAUCUGGGAUGGUUUGCUCCUCUUCUUCCAGCAGCAAUGGUGUCAAGGCUACAUCCAUCUCAGACUCAGAGGUUUCCUCGACAUUUGAUGGAGGGGGAGAACUUAUGGUUUCUGACAGGCCUUCUGGCUGAUCUGAGGGGCCAGGUAUGUUUCGCUCCUGUCCCAUUUGUGAGUUAACAGCUUUCAGGUGAUCCACAUGUUUGUUCAGGACUGUAUCAUGCCUGAAAUUUGUAAGUCACGAGGCCUGACCUUGCAUCAACCUUGCCUUGUAUUAAUACAAAGUCAUUUCCAUGGUUCAGGCACCAAAAGUCAUCCUCCGAAUUAAGUUGUCUUUCUCGCUUAGUGGAGGUGUAUCGCUGGCUUUGGCAUUCUUGCUGCUGUUUCAGCCUCAUUCUCGUCUGGGAAUAGCACAUUAACCUGGUGUGGAAUCUUUUCCCCAACAUCAGCUCUGCUGGAGCUGUCCCUAUUGUACAUUGUGGGGUGGUCCCUUAAUUGAACAGGAAGCAGGGCAGUUUGGUAUCGAAUGACCCUUUGGGUUGCUUCUUUAAGCCUUCCUUCAACAUUUGGACUGCUCUUUCCAUGGAUAGUAUGGAGCUGUCUUUAUGUGCCAAAUAUCAUUCGACUUCAGGAAAUACUCAAAAUCCCUACCUGUAAAUGUCAUCCCACUGUCCGUGAUCAAUACAUCUGGGAGUCCGUGUAUCAUGAACAGUGUUCACAGCUUCUCAUUGUCAUGGUUGAGUGUGCUAAAGGGGUUUACUUGGGCAUUCCCACGAAUGGGGGGGCUAUCACUGGUGGCAAUUUUUGCCCUUUUGACACUCUUAGCACUGCCCUAUCACUGCAGCAACGUUGCAUUGCAUCUAACCCUGGCCACCUGACAUAGUUUCUUGCUGGCAUUUUCAUCUUGGAUACCCCUGGAUGACCCUGUUGGAGGUCAGCCAGUAUCUGGCAGUGACUUUUACUCGAGAUGGUCACUGUUGCUAGGAUAGGAUCUUUUUGUGUCCACAGUUGGACAUGGUCAGCAGGGACUGGAAGGAUGUCCGGAAUGCUUAAAACCAGAGGAGACUCUUGCGGAGGAGGCACCACCAGUGGAGUGUCUGCCAGUGGGACGCAGCUUAGGGUGUCUGCAUUAGCCACUUGGCUUCCUGGAUGGUGUUCUAGCUUGAACUUGUACGCACUGAGAAGAAAGUCUCAAUGUUUAUUUCUACCAGAAGCCAUAGGCAGCUUCACCUUGUCGUCUUUUAGUAGCUCCAGCAGGGAUUUGUGAUCUGUCACUAUGACAAAUUUCCAACCAUAAAGGUACUGGCGGAACUUCCUCACACCAAAGAUAACCGUUAAAUGUUCCUUCUCCAUCUGGGAAUAGUUGUGUUCUGCGUCCGCCAAAGAGUGGGAAGCACACGCUACCAGGCGUUCAUCUCUGCUGGGCCACCUGUGAGCAGAUACUACACCAAAACUGUACGGGGAGGCAUCACAUGUCAGCUCUUGCAUACCACCUCUUGCCUCGGAUCAUAGUGGGCCAACACAUUAGAUGACAAUAGCUGCUUUUCACAUCCUUGAGGGCUACUUCUUGGCCACAUGACCAUUUCCAAGCUGACUCUUUUCCAAAUGCAGGUGUAAGGCUGCCCAGAUGGUGGCCUGGUUAUGUAUCAAUUUUUUGUAAUAAUUCACUAACCCAAGGAAAGACCUAAGCUCCAGUACAGACAUGGAGCCGGGGCUCCUUUGAUCAUCCUCAAUUUAUUUUCCAACAGGUGUAACCUGGUUUUGUUGACUGUGUAACCCAAGUAGAUCACUUGGGUGCCUGGAACACCCAUUUUUCCUUUCUAAGAGAUAGACCUGCCUGGGAGAUACACUUAAGCACUAUGGCCAAGUUCUAAGAGUGCUCUUUAUUGGUCUUCCCAGUUAUUAGCACGUCAUCCAGGUAAAUGGCAACAUGGGGUAGCUCUUGUAAGUUUUUCUCUCUGGUCUGCUGGGAAAGAGCUAAUGAUACUCCAAAUGGCAGUCUUGUACAUUGGUAUAAACCCUUACGAGUGUUAAUUAUGGUGUACUUCUGGGACUCUUCAUCCAGUCACAAUUAGCUUCAUAAAGGACAGCACUCCUAGCCAACUUUGUGUACAAGUCCUCCAAGAGAGGUAUUGAGUAUUUAUCCAGCUGUGAGAAGCUGUGUACUGUUUGCUUAAAAUCCCCACGAAGGUGAUUCGAGCUGUCAGGCUUCACAAUCGGUAUGACUGGUUCUGCCAAUUCUGCAACCUGCACUGGUUUGAUGAUUUCUUCACUCUCCAGCCUCCCGACUUCCACCUCUACUUUUGACCACAAGGCAAAUGACAUGAGACAGGCCUUGUAAAAUUGUGGAAUUGCUUCCUGGUCAACAUGUAAAGUGGCUUUGGCCCUUUCAAUAACCCCAAGCCCUUCUUGAAAAACUCCUGAUUAUUUCACCAGGAAUUCACUGAGGCAGCCAUUUUCUAAUCAAAACAUAUCGAGCCAAUCCAGGUGAAUUUUUCUCAACCAAAUCUGCCCCAAUAGGCUUGGUCCCGAGUCUCUCACUACCCUCAGUGGUAACUGCACCAACUGCUUUAUGUAGCACACUGGAACUGAAAUCGUACCCUUAAUUUGCAACGGUUACCCAGCGUAUGUUCUCAGUCUGGCUGAGGUCUUGCACAAGUUUAAGUGUUGGAGAUCUGAGCGAAUCUUGUUAAAGACAAAUUCUGCAACCAUAGAUACAGCUGUACCAGUAUCGGCCUCGAUGGGAACUGGGUGACCAUAUAACGAAACACUAAUUUUAACCAGAGAUAGUAGAAUCUGCCAAUUCUGGAGUCUGAGAUAACAAGGUGUAAAGCUGGAUGAAAACAGCAGGCCAGGCAGCAUCAGAGGAGCAGGAAAGCUUAUAUUUUGGGUCUGGGUCCUUAUUCAGAAAGAUUUUCUGAAAAAGGGUCUAGACCCGAAACAUCAGCUGGACAGGUGAGCGUGUCCACCUCCAUUGGGAUGCCCUGUUGUUCCCAUGCUCCACUUGGCACAUUUUCUAAUGACAAAGCCAGUUUUAGCGCCUGUGUGAAGGCAGCUUCUGCAUGGAUACACCAUUAAUCUCACAUAUCAAAUGGGUCGCUCAGCAUCUCACUCAGGGUUAACUCAAAAUCACACGCCUCUGCCAGUCAUCUUAGCCUUGUCAAAAAUCCCAGUCUGGAUUCCCUCAGUUCUCUAACGGCUGAAUAAAACUGACAGCGUCUCAGGAUUAGAGGAAGUUUGGGUUUGUAAUGUUCCUUAAACAACUCCGUCAACUCUUGGAAAGUUUAGUGGCUGGUGCCUUUGGGAAAAUUAAGCCCCUUAUAACUGAGAAUGCUGUGAUUCUGCAAGCAGCCAGAAGGAUUACCGAUAGCUUUUCAUCUGCCCCAAUGUCACUUACCUGGGGAAAAAAAAAUCACACGUUUUCCACAUACUGGGCCCAGUCUUUGACAGCGUGAUCAAAUGAGUCAAACUACCCAAAUAAAGGCAUGAUGCCAGAGAUGCUUACCCAGCUCCAAGAUGACUGUUGCGCAUGAAUGAUCUUCAGGCUUGUACCGUUUUCUGCUGUUACCACUAAAGUAACAGAGGCCGGUAUCCUGUCACCAAGUCACCCUUUAUUUACUUGGGCACAGUACACUGGCUAUGGUCAGCCAGUUCAGAGCCAAUCCCCUGAACUGAGAAGAUUCUAAAUCACUGUUUACAUUGAUGAGUCAGGAUUUCCUGAUUGGCCCUGUUUAACAAAGAUCUUAAAAUGAACCAUUUUAUUCCAAUCACUACAGUCUUGUUUGGUGUUGGGGCAACCUGUACCUGGCCAUGUAGGAUGACUUGUACCUGAACACACUAAGUGGCCCACGCCUGCUUACAAGUUGGCAGACAGAAGCUAAGCAAAAAUAAGGAGCUUGCUCGCAUAGUGAAAUACAAUGGGUAACAGAAUUCGAGCGGUCCUUACAGAUGAAAAGUUCUGAGAAAGGCCUAAAGGAGCAUAUUCAUUAAACUUUUGGAAUGUGAAUGAAUUGGAUGCAUAGGAAGAUCCCAAGACCUAGCGAUUACAACAUCUAGCUAAUACCAUAAGAUCAUGGGAACCUGGCGCUGUACAAGAAUGUGCCUGAGUAUUGGGUGUUUGAAUUAAGGGGAAUGAUGAUACCUAUGUUGCAUUUGAUUACUGUAACACAAAAUGUAUUAAAAUUCUAUAUUUCUUUGUAAAA